CUCAUUUAACGUUCAACUUUUGUCAAAUAAACAAGUUCGCUCCGUGCUCAACGAAACCUACGCUCCCGAAGUGAAAUGGCUCGUACCAAGCAAACCGCUCGUAAAUCGACUGGAGGUAAGGCUCCUCGCAAGCAGCUGGCCACCAAGGCUGCUCGUAAAAGUGCCCCGGCCACCGGAGGAGUGAAGAAGCCGCAUCGUUACCGUCCGGGAACGGUGGCCCUCCGAGAAAUCCGUCGCUACCAGAAGUCGACCGAGCUGCUCAUCCGCAAGCUGCCAUUCCAGCGCUUGGUGCGUGAGAUCGCCCAGGACUUCAAGACUGAUCUCCGCUUCCAGAGCUCAGCCGUCAUGGCGCUGCAAGAAGCUAGCGAGGCGUAUCUAGUUGGUCUGUUCGAAGACACGAAUCUGUGCGCCAUCCACGCCAAGCGCGUCACCAUCAUGCCCAAGGACAUCCAGCUGGCCCGUCGCAUCCGCGGAGAACGUGCCUAAAUCGUCCAUGCAUCCGGAAGCGGUCCCUGUCUAAACGGGGCAUUUCCUUCUCAAAACGGUCCUUUUCAGGACCACCAAUACUGUUGAACAUUCCAAGAAUUUUCUUUCGAUUGCUAUUAUGAAAUUGUACAUACCUUCACGUAUGUCGUUUUGUUAUAACGAGGAAAGUGUGAAAAGGGGGAAAAUUUGUUUUAAAUAAUCAAUGUUAUGGGAGGUAUUUUAACUUUUUCUUGUCAAAGUUUCGCUUUUUAAUAGGGCAUCUGAGGAUUUUGACUAUAUUGAUCAA